AUGGUCGAGCCAAUCCUCGGGGCUGUCAGGCCUCUCCAAAUCGUCAAUCCUUUUGUGCGUCCUGGAGGAGCUGGCGCAGGAGCAGCAGCUGAAGGGGGAAAUCAAAAGGCGGCUGUGAAGAAGCCCUUCUUUGGCUUGGUCGUGCUGUGA